AUGUAUGGGAUGAUUCCAGAAGUAGCACGGGACGUCCUUGCGAAUACGUUCGGCUCCAUUUUUGGCAUUUACGGUCAUACUCUUGUUGUUAUAUUCUAUUAUCGCUACGUGGUGGAGGAUCUUGCUGUUGCAGUCGCGAAGCUAUGUCUGAUGCAAAUGGCCAUUCGUCAUCUGGAUCUACUCCCUUGUUCUGAACAAUGCAUUUAUUGGCUGAAGAGUGUGGACGAGUUGCAACACAAUGAGGGAGACAUUGGGGUUGCGUAUGCUCUGUGUGACUUGAAUUACUUAGGCAAGAAAGCACGGCAGCUGCUCAACAAGGCCAAUAGUCUCCUCAUUCAAGGAGACAGCUUACUGCACCCGGAAGAUAAUUUGCAGGGAACAAUGAACUUCUACAUGAAGAAGGUGAUUGGUUUCAUUAAGAAUACAGGUGACGACUCUGACGGAUUGCUGGGGAUUUGGGGCAUGGGUGGUGUGGGAAAAUCAUCCCUUCUCAAGCUCAUUAGUGAUUCUCGUUCAGAGGAUGAUCACCAUUCCUUAGAAGUUAUGUUUGUUCAUGCUGGCAUUGGAUGUACCGUUAGUCAGGUGCAAGAAGCUAUUGCCACUAGUAUGGGACUAUCUAUAACGCACAAUGAGACUUCCCAAGCAAAUAUCAUCCGUGACCACCUCACUGAUACAAGCUUCUUAUUGCUGUUGGAUGAACUGUGGGAGUAUCUUGAUUUGGGAGUUGUGGGCAUCCCCUUUCCACUGGGGAGGGUUGUGGUCUCCCUCCCGAGUGGUUCGGCACACAAAAAAUGGCGUAAAGUUGUGUUAACAACACGGAACAUGUACUUGUGUCACAAGAUGAAAUGUCGCCGUGAAAAUAUCAUUCGAAUGGAGUGCUUCAACGAAGAAAAGGCUUGGGAACUCUACCGUGAAGGUUGGCCUGCAAUCAUCAAUAGGGAUGAUGAGAUUGAUAUUUUGUUGCCACAAAAGGAAAAUCUAUCUCCCCGGAGCGAUGCAAAGAGACAGGUGUUGCAGCUGCAACGGCGCACCAUCUUCCCUGACCAGCCACAGUACCUAGAAGAUGACGAGUUGCCUGAAAUAAACUGCUCUGAGAAGGUGGGAUGUUUCAUUGAGGCCAACGACACCCAGUCCCUAUUGAUGGGGAUUUGGGGCAUGCGAGGGGUGGGCAAGACAACUCUGCUCAGGCUCGUGCGUGAUUCUUACACAGGUAAAAGUGGCUUCGACCACAUUAUGUUUGUUGGGGCUGGAACCGGAUCUGUGUUGAACAAUGUGCAACAUGCUAUCGCCAUCAAUCUAGGCUUUGAUUUGGCCAUGAUGUCAUCACUAGAUGAGUUGUCCCGAGCCACACAUAUCUUCAAGUAUCUUCAGUACAAGAGCUUCUUGUUAUUAUUGGAUGACAUAAGAGAGCCCCUUAAUUGGUGGGCUGUUGGUGUGCCAAUAUUAUCGCAUAGGCGGCAGAAGAUUAUCUUCGCGACAAGGAGUCAGGCUGCAUGUGCCCUUAUGGGAUGUCAUGCCACCAACAUCAUCCAGAUGCAUUGUUUGCAAAAAGAGGAUGCAUGGAGCAUCUUCAAAGACAAGGUUGGGAUUGGAAUCAUCGACGAUCAUCCUCAAGUUCAUCAUAUUGCAAAGAAGAUGGUUGCACAGUGCGGAGGCUUGCCCCUAGCCUUAUGCACGCUUGGUCGAGCCAUGUCGAAUAAGAGAGACCUGAGGGAAUGGAGAAGCGCUUGCAGUCAGCUCACGGCUAUUAGCUUGGAGCCAUGUGAAAUCGACGACAAGAUAAGCACAAUAAUCGCCGACCCUCCGUAUAGAUGGAGAGGCGACACCAUCCUCCCAAUUAAGCCUUUUCUAAGAAAAAUCCUCCCAAUUAAGCAGAUCAAAGCCAAGACUGCUGUUGGACAGGAAGAUGCAGAACUGCCAGCUGAACGGAUCUAA